AUGGAAGACAGCCCGGACCCCGGGGAUGCCGGGGUCUGGGAGGGAGGCGGACGUGACGGAAAGGCAAAAGGGGCCACCGGAAGCACGGAGGAAGGAUUGACAAUGAUGACUUCAAAGGCGACCUGCCCAAUAGCCGGGCACAAGAGGGGGAGAGAGCCUACGGAGCAGCAGGAGGGACCACUCGUCCGCGGCAUGUGCGACAAAGUCACUAGGUGCCUCCACGACAAUCUGACCAAGAGGCAACGCCUCGAUACCGACCUAGGCGUGGCCACUAGAGAAGUGGUGGAAAGCGGCAAUGGAGAGCACAGGCAAGGCAACACCUCCGACGCGGCGAUGGCAGCUUGGGAGGCACAUCGCCAGCGUCUACAGGAGUCGCAUGACAAGCGUCGGCGAGAACUUAACACCCCUUUAGCACACCCAGCACUCACUAAAUGCGACAACUCAGCGACAUGUGGUCCCCGAUUAGCCCGAAGACAGGAACGGAGGCGCAAAUCAGGAGUUCCGCGGGGUCAAGGGGAAGGAGCGCGGCGAGGCCCGCAAGCCCGGGGGCAGCAGGAGCCGCAGGCUGGGGGAGAGCAGGAGCCGCAGGCUGGGGGAGAGCAGGACCCGCAGACUGGGGGGGAGCAGGACCUGCAGGCUGGGGGGGAGCAGACGUUGGAGUUGGAGAUGGAGAUGGGGAGGCAAUGGGAGCUGCAGGCUGGGAGGCAGCAGGAGCUGGAGGCUGGGGUUGAACGGGACCCGCAGGUUGGGAAGGAGCAGGAGCCGCAGACAAAGGGGCAGCAGGCUUUGGAGGCGGAGAUGGAGAUGGGGGGGCAGCAGCAGCUGCCGGCUGGAAGGCAGCAAGAGCUGCAGGCUGGAGGGCAGCAAGAGGGGCCGACCUGGAGGCGGCAGGAGCUGCGGGCUGGGAGGCAGCAAGAGGGGCCGGCUGGGGGGCAGCAGGAGUCGCAGGCUGGGUGGGAUCAGGACCGGCAGGUCGAGGGGCAGCAGGCUUUGGAGGCGGUGAUGGUGAUGGAGAUGGGGGGGCAACAGGAGCUGCCGGCUGGAAGGCAGCAAGAGCUGCAGGCUGGAGGGCAGCAGGAGCCGCAGGCAACGAGGCAGCAAGAGCUGCCGGCAGAGGGGAAGGAAGACCCGCAGGCUGGGGGGGAGCAGGAGUCGGAAGUGGACAUGGAGAUAGAGAUAGGAAUGGUAACGGAGCAGCAGGUCGAGAGACAGCUUGGGCUGCAAGCUGAGUGGCCGCAGGUGUUGGAGGUGGAGAUGGAGGAGACACAGGAGGGGGGGGGGCGAGCGGCAGGGAAGCGUACAGGAGGGGUGUCAAACGGAGAAUCAGUCUCAGCCGCAAGAAGGGGAGCAGCAAGGGUGUCGAGAAAGGAACCGGCCCCAAGAGCGUAG